AGCAGCUGAGGUUUUCUUUGGCUGGUUAGCAGCUGCGAAGCCUGAUCGCUGUAUCGCUAUCGACCUCAGCUCUAGAAAAAGACGAAGUAAUUUAUUAGUUAGGUAGUUGCUCGCUGGAGGUGUUUUUCUUGUUGGACUGAUUCCCCGUAUACGCGUAGUCAGCAGCUAGCAGCGCUUCCCUAGUCUGGCGCACUGUAAAAGUAAUUGUCCGUCGGUCAUUGUAAAACUGUUGCAGCGUCGUGUAAACUGCAGCCUAGCGAUGCCGGAUGGAAAGGUAGCUCCCGAGUAUCGCGGCUGGCUGUCGAAGUGGACCAACUAUUUGAAAGGCUACCAGAAGCGCUGGUUUGUGUUGAACAAUGGACUGCUCUCUUACUACAGGACGCAGGAGGAGAUGGCACACACGUGCCGCGGAACCAUCAACCUGGCCGCCGCCCUGAUCGACACGGUGGACACGAUGAACUUCGUCAUCUCCAACGGCGGCGCGCAGCAGUUCUACCUGCGAGCACCGAGCGCGCUGGAACGCCAACGCUGGGUCACCGCCCUGGAGCUGGCCAAGGCCAAGGCUAUCAAGCAGCUAGACUUGGAACAUAGUGCCAGUGGUGUUGGCUGGUCAGAUCCUUCCUCCCCUGUUCUCGAUUCUCAGUCCAGCCUGCGCGACCUGUCUAGCAAGUUGGAGGAGCUCACCGCCUGCUCCACGCUGCUCUAUCGCCGCGGCGUGGACCUUCAACGGGACGUCAGCGACAUCUCCCCGGACCUGCAGGCCGCACAGCGUAACAGUCCCGGUGGUGCUGGUGCUGCUGCUGGUCGUAACGGUGGCAACGGCGACGUCGCCCUGGCAACCGCGUUUGCACAGCUGAAGUCGGCGCACGAGAAGGCCACCCUCGUCAAAGUCUCCACCACGGCGCUUAUGUCAGCUUGUGAAAACUUUAUGAGCGCAGCGCAGACACAUCAGGAAACCGUCACCGAAGAGCUGAACUCUGAGCGCGAGAAACGCCAGCGCCUCGAGGAGGCCGUUGAGACGAUCGCCAAGCAGCACAACGCGCUGGAGCGGGCCGUGAAGAAGCGCGUGAGUCGACCUAGCUCCUCGGCAACACGUGAUGAGAUUGAUGCAAUUGCCGCUGGUGCUAGUGUUGUGAGCAGUGGAGACAGUUGUGCGGACGGUAGUGCCUUCUUGAGUGGCUCAGAGGACAGUCAGCAGCCCAGCGAACUGGAGCAGCAGCAGCAGCAGCACCGUCGUAACGAUUCCGCGGCGUCGGGCAAGUCGUCAAUGAUGUCGGACUACGACGGACGUGCCAGUUCAGAUGAAGACGGUGACGAUCAGUUUUUCGAUGCAGAAGAGAGCCUAGCAAGCAGGUCACCAGUCCCCGGUGCCCAUGCCAAGGUGCCGUUCGGACGGCCCGGCUCUGCUAACUCCAGCACCAGCGCAACGAGCGGUGAAAUCACGGCCGCAGCGGUUGUGGACGAACGGCGCGCCUCCAUGCAGCCACCAGUCGGGUGGCCGAGGCUGCCUGCGACGGAUGCUAAGAAGUCACGCCAGUAUCGCACACUCAUCGCCGACAAGCCCAAUCAUCGCAUGAGUUUGUGGGGCAUUAUGAAGAACUGUAUCGGCCGCGACCUCUCCAAAAUACCCAUGCCGGUGAAUUUCAACGAGCCGUUGUCCUUCCUGCAGCGUCUGUGUGAGGUAGAACUGGAGUACUCUGACAUACUGACUAAGGCGGCAGCCUGUGAGGAUGCAUGCGAGCAAUUAGCCCUGGUGGCGGCCUUCACCGUCUCCACGUACAGCAGCACGGCGUAUCGUACAGGCAAGCCGUUCAACCCGAUGCUCGGCGAAACGUAUGAGUUCGAUCGCACCGCCGACCUCGGCUGGAGAUGCCUCUGCGAACAGGUAUCGCACCAUCCGCCGGCGUCGGCCAUGCACGCGGAGACGUGCGACUGGCAGUACUGGCAGGAUUACACGAUGAGCAGCAAGUUCCGCGGCAAGUACCUGCAGAUCCUGCCGCAGGGCAUCGCGCACCUGAUGUUCCGCGGCUCGGGCAAUCACUACACCUGCAGUAAGGUGACCACCACCAUUCACAACAUCAUCGUCGGUAAGCUGUGGGUGGAUCAGUCCGGUGAGGCCACCAUUGUCAAUCACAAGACGGGUGAUUACUGCCACCUCAAGUAUUACCCGUACAGCUACUUCUCCAAGGAGCUGCCGCGCAGGGUGACCGGUGUGGUGUACGACUCCAACAAGGUGGCGCGCUAUCACCUGUCCGGAACCUGGGACAAUCGCAUGGAGUACCAGAAGGUGCUUGGCAGCCAGGCGCCCGGCGGUCCCGGCGUCGUAGGCAAGACGCCCAGCACACAGCUCGGCCCUGCGCAGCUCGCCUGGCAGAAGGGACCCGUCAGUGAUGGUCACGAUCGUAGAUAUGGUUUCUGUGACAUGGCAUGUGCUAUGAAUGAUCCUGUGGAGGUGGGCACAGCACCCACCGAUGCCAGACACCGGCCAGAUCAGCGGCUCAUGGAGCAAGGAGAUUUCGAGCGGGCCAACAUUGUCAAGGUCAAGCUGGAGGACGGACAGCGUGCUCGACGGCGUCAGCGCGAGGCACACAUAGCCGAGCUGGAGAGCGGCGGGCGUACAGACGAGGCCGUAGCGGCACGCUACCAGCCCCGCUGGUUUGAAGCCGUCGACGACGAGCUGAGUGGACGCGUCAUACACAAGUACCGCGGUGGCUACUGGGAGGCCAAGGAAGGCCAGCAGUGGCCAGAUGACAUGCUUGAUUUGUGGUCCGCGGCCGAACAGUAGUGCUGUGUGCGAGCGUGUGUUCGUGUCUUCGACAUCGCCGCAUAGCCUGUACUAUGCAUAGUGAGUGAAAAUCUGACGUGUCUGUGUGCGUGUCAUUACAAUCUCGCCAGGGGUAGCGAGUGAGUGAGUGGUGCCGCUUUUACCAGAGUCCUGUCUGAUGUGUGCCGUGUGCGUGCUCGUUCAACGCGUCCUAGCUGUUUUCGUGACGUACGCCCGGCCGCAGUCGUUGCGUGUGGGCAUGCAGCAGCUGACUGCCUUGUGGUGCACAUCUGCACGCUGGAACUGCUACUGGAGCUGGAGCUCAAACGAUCGAUGGGUGUGCUCUGCUCUCCGAGCACGCUGCCAUGGUUACGACGUACAUUCCUGUUCCUGUUGCCUGCGUUGUUGUGUGCGUGUGUGCCGCGACCGUGACAUCUCACACAUCUGCACUCAUGCCAGGCACUAGAACUCCACAACUCUGGUCUACAACCGUUUGGUUGUGGUUCCUGUGGCCCCCUUUCUUCUUGUUCAUGUUGGCCCCGGCGCGUUAUUCUGUUUGUGCUGUGACCAUACCAUCCCACAGCAGCGUGCCCGUUGUUGCAAUGUCAUCGUGUCCGUCCGUGUGUCCCUGUCACGCACACCCACUCUCACUCUUACUCGGUGUUGCCAGUGGAUGCAGCGCUCGUUUCUUGUCUGUUCGGUUCCGGCGUGAUUGUCAUUGCCUGUGCUUAAUUUUCUGAGCUCCCCCCCCCCCCCCCCCAACACACACAAUUAUACCCACUCAUUCACACACAUGUGUGCGCAUUCUCAACUAAGCAAUGUACAAUAGUAAUUGUGCCAUCAUAAGUCUCUCAUCCCCUGCUCCUCACAACACGCACACCAUGCCAGGUCGACGGCUGGCUUCGAGGACCACUCGGUUCGCGGCUGAAUUUCCCGCUCCCGCUCGCUCGCUUUUGCUACUGUUUCUUGUACUCAGCUAUAGUCCCGAGGGUUUCCGUCUCUCCGGCAACCCUUUGCUUCAAUUCUAAACUGACCUGUCAGACAAGCGUACGGCGUCAUUACCGCAAACACUAUUUCCAAAUACGGGAUUAUUUAUUUCCUGCCCUUUUUUUGGCCCAUUCCUGAUCGACUCGGCAAGUAGGGGGAUAUUGUGCAGCGCUUUGGAUGUCAUAUUGCUUCGGCGUACGCUACCACAGCACACUUGUGUGCACACACAGCCCAGAAGGACCUUACCCCGUGUGUUCGGCUCAGCUUUUCAACAGGCAACUAUUGUGACUGUAUCAGUGUCUGGCCAUCACUAUUAUAUUUUCCCUUUUAGUAUUCUAAUCUUCCUUAUCGUUGUUGUGUCCGCGUCCUCCGUGUUCACAGACUAUGACCUCGACAGGAAUAGCUUCUUCUUUUUUUCUCACGCGGCCAUUAGCGUUUUCUCACGCAGCCUUGGGCGUUUUCUCACGCGUCCUUGGGCGCAAUUAUAUUUUUUUAUCGUAGUGUUCCUCUCCCCCUUCCCCGAACACAAGACUCCUUUUUUUCUCCAGUUUUGGUGUUUGUUCUUUCUUGCGCUGCUCACUCCGCACCCGCGUUGCCAUCACCGAAUGUCGGUGGUGCGUGUAAUUGUUUGUUUGUAGGUUUUCUAGUUUGUCUCUUUGCUUUAGGAUUCUAGUAGCCAGAGAGUAGUAAAUAUACUACUCCCUGGGGGAGUGGUGCUGGCGGUAUGCGAUGUGAUAGUCAGACGCUACUGUCUAGCAGCUUGAUGUGUUUUGCGUAUUAAAGGCGACGUAACAAAUUGCUGCCACCUCGUUAAAAGCUGCUAGUACUUGUGCCCGGGCAGUUGCCGCGACGUUUCUUGUUGUACAAGUAGAA